GCAAAGGCACACUAUAAAUGUCUCUUCCCACCGAUGUGUACUCUUAUCUGCCUGUUCUUUUUUCUCCCUCAUUUGCAUUAACCCUUUCUUGCCUUUUCAUGAACUUCUGGGCCUUCUCGUCUCAGAAGCGGUGGGAGACCAAUGUUACUCUGGACACAGCCAGGAUGGAAAGGAACUAGCCAGACUUCUCCUCGGGGAGGCCGACGGGGUUCAGAAGGUGUGCUGUGGCCAGUGUCAGAAGCCUUCCCGGCCCCAUCACCCGCCCUUAACUUCCUCCUCGGCCCACUGGCGACCACUUAGACACCUGCGCGGAGGCGACAGCUGCGUUCAGAAAGCCAUGCAUCGUGCCAGAAGGAGCCGACGGCAGACUUUAAACCCUGCUCGGCAUGUGGACGAGACGCAGAAAUGAGCUGUCCGGACCAGCCGGGGCAGCUCCUAAACUGGUUCCUCUCCUCCCUGUGCGUCCCGAGGGCGCGGAAACUCUGGAGCAGCCGGCGCCCCAGGACCAGGAGGAACCUGCUGCUGGGUACGGCCUGCGCCAUCUACCUGGGCUUCCUGGUGAGCCAGGUGGGGCGCGCCUCUGCCCCGCACGGAGGGCGCGCGCGCCAGGGGCCGCACUGGACCCGGGCCACCGCCGGGGCCCCCUUCCCUGAGAUACCCCUGGACGGCACGCUGGCCCCUCCCGAGGCCCAGGGCAAUGGGACCACGCUGCAGCCCAACAACGUGGUGUACAUCACCUUGCGCUCCAAGCGCAGCAAGCCCGCCAGCAUCCGUGGCACCGUGAAACCCAAGCGCAGGAAGAAGUAUGCGCUGGCUUCUCAGGCCCCGGGACCCGGGGCUUUGGUGGGACCGUCCCUUCGGCCUCAGGAAGCUGCAAGGGCAGCUGAGGCUGAAGUGCCCGGGCACGUCCGGGGAGGAAACCUGGCCCAGGCUGGGGAGCGACCCUGGGGGUGGAGGCAGGGUCUGGGAGCGCGAGGUGGGGACGCAGACGUGCAGCUGCCCCGGGCCGGGGGAAGCAACAUCAGGAUCUACAGCGAGAGCGCCCCGUCGUGGCUGAGCGGAGACGACAUCGGCCGCAUGCGCCUGCUGGCCGACGGCGCGGCGGCGGGUCUCCAGCCGGCCUGGCCCGGGGGCAGGGCGCGCCUGCUGCUGCUGGAGGGGACCGGCCGGCCCGCGGCGCCCGCCUGCGGCCCCAGCCCCUGCGGGCUGCUCAAGCAGCCUCUGGACAUGAGCGAGGUGUUUGCCUUCCACCUGGACAGGAUCCUGGGGCUCAACCGGACCCUGCCUUGUGUGAGCAGGAAAUCCGAGUUCAUCCAAGAUGGCCGCCCAUGUCCUUUCAUUCUCUGGGACUCAUCUUUAUCUCCAACGAGUAAUGAGACCCACUCUUCUGUAAAGCUCACCUGGGGAACUUAUCAGCAGUUGCUGAAACAGAAGUGCUGGCAGAAUGGCCGCGUACCCAAACCUGAAUGGGGCUGUACUGAAAUACAUCACCACGAGUGGUCCAAGAUGGCUCUCUUUGAUUUUUUGUUACAGAUUUAUAAUCGCUUGGAUACAAAUUGCUGUGGGUUCCGACCUCGGAAGGAAGACGCCUGUGUACAGAGUGGACGGAGGCUGAAGUGUGAAAACCAGGACGCUGUGGCUCUAGCCCACAUCGUCCAGCGAAAGCAGGACCCGAGGCACUUGGUCUUUAUAGACAACCAGGGUUUCUUUGACAGAAGUGAAGAUAACUUGAACUUCAAACUGUUAGAAGGCAUCAAAGAGUUUCCUGAAUCCGCAGUUUCUGUUUUGAAGAGCCAGCACUUACGGCAGAAACUCCUUCAGUCUCUGUUUCUUGAUAAAGUUUACUGGGAGAGUCAGGGAGGUAGACAAGGAAUUGAGAAGCUUAUCGAUGUAGUUGAACAGAGAGCCAGAAUCCUGCUCACCUACAUCAACGCACAUGGGGCCAAAGUGUUACCUAUGAAUGAGUAGCCAAAGGUCUUGUGGCUAUAGAGUUCUACAUAUAUUUAUGCAUCUUUGUUUUGGGGUCAAGUACACAAACCUCAAGUCCUUUUAGGGAUGAGGCAGUAGCGAUGAAUACACAAAAUAAAUGAAUUUAAUCAAGUAGAUAUGACGAGUCUGAGCGCUAUAAGCAGACUCUAAAAGCUUUUACAAUUAUACCGCUAAAAAAGGUUUACAUUUUCCUUUAACACCAUGACCUGUAAGUUGCAACAUCUGAGCACAGAAUGGUUGCAAUUACUAUCCCAGCUAGCCGUGUUAAAAUAUCUGUCGUGUCGGUUAAUAGGACAGUGCGAAUCAGAGGUGGUGACUCCUUUAAUAAUUUGCUGCUCGAAUGGGACCGGUUCUGGACGUCCUUCUGUUACUAAUUGUUAGAACAUAGAGCAGUCUGGACACGACCCACAGGCAACUCUGUGUUGGAAAAUGGAGGCGUAUGAUCUGCAGAAACCUCAGAGCCUACAGUAAUUCUUAGGAGAAAUGAUGGUUUAUUUGUAAAACCCCCAGUGUAUAUUCUAUUGUACCUAUAAAUGAUCAGCCAGCUCUGUGAUCCUGAGCGCAAGAAUAGCAUUUUCCAUUCCUUUUUAGAAAGGUAUUUGUUGCCAGUAUAGAAACGAUCCAUAUCCGAAGAUUUAUACGUUAGGUAGUUUUGCUGUCUCAGUUUCGCUCCAACUUACGUCUAGUGGCUUAGACAUUCAACAGUUAUAAGGUAUUUACACAUGUGAAACUAUACUUAUAGGGUAUCUUUUUGUUAAGUGGAUGCUCUUUUUAUACAUUUUGUCAUCUUUACCAAGGAUAUGCUAUAAUUUCUGUAUAUUUCAUUAAUAACAGCGGAUUUCUUCUAAUUUGUUCUGUGUAAUUAUAUUUAAACUGAUUUAAUUGAUAUUGUCCAGAUAUUGACCAUAGGACUGGAUACUGAAUGUGUUUAAAUAUAUUGUUUGGCUUAUUCUAAUAUGAAAAAUAUGAACAACAUCAAUUAAAACCCGACGCUGAUCAAUUCUCCUCAAUGAAAGCACAUGACUAGAACUGAAACAGCCAAAAUUAUUUAGGCUCAAAUAAUUCUCUCCGAACUCUACCAACUUUUUAAUGAGGUAGAAGGACGUGAACACAUAGUAUUCCUGUGUUGAGUCUUCAUGUCCUUGAAGGGGUCCACAUCAUGGUGUUUGCUAGAUGGUCACAUAGAGAUUUCAAACCCUGAACAAAUCAUUAUUACCCUCCCCCAUCCCUUAUUAAGAAGCUACUCUACUGACUUCUUCUUUCAGUUUAAAAAUACAAUUUAAGAAUGUUUAUAAUGCAUUCUAUCCUCUGUUUUCUCAGGUCUGCAUGUUAUUCCUAAAGUGCACCCCAUUUUCUGUGUUCUGAUCGAGGGUUACUCAAUAUCGCUGUAGAUUAGAACUAUUGAAGACAUUUUGAUAAAGGCUAAGAUAUCUAUAGAUUAUAAUUUACACCAAUGAAUGGGGGCAGAAUGUCAAAAUAGCAUGUUGAACACAAGAGAAGACAGACCAAGGGAAAAGGGAUCAUUCAAUCAUCUAAUUAUAACUUUUCUAGGGUCUCAUUCAAGCCCUAUUCUCAGCACCUUCCCCUGCUGGCUGACCCUUGGAGAGCUGGUCUUCAGACGAUCUUCUCUUCAGUGUGCCCUCUGUAGCCCUGAGUGCCUCCCCUGGUCCUACACGUUCAGUGUACGCUUGGACCCUCAUGAGUCUCCACUUCUACCUGCUGUAUUUGGGCUUUUUAAGAUUGCUUUAUGUCUCAAUAAUCAGCACAUUAAUGAAAAAUUGGCCUAACGGAAGUCUGGAGAUCCAGACUCUACUUUAAAAUAACUCUCUGUCAAGUUGCCUUAUACCUUGUCUUAUCCAUGUGGCAUAUUUGCAUUUUAAAAUGCUUUUUAUGGAAUAUACCAUCUUAUCCAAAUUUGUGAAAUUGAUGCUGGGAAUUCCAUGCUUCUCAGAAGCGGCUUUAAUUUUGCAUCUCAAGCUACACCAUUUCGGGGUAGCUUGGUCCUCCCACUAGUGGGUCUGAUUGUAAGGUCCAGGAACACAUGUUUAUUUUAGUCACUUUGCUUUUCAACAAUGUAUUUUGUUUUGGAAUCAGUGAAUAAUUCAUGCUGCAUUAUUUUUGAAUAAUGGAUGACUGAAGGCCAGGCUUUUCAUUCUAAUAAGUAAUACUCUGCUCUUACUGAAACUAAGGGAAUACUCUGUGCCUUUCAGAUAUACUCGUUAUGCUGUGGUUUGGUUCACAUAGCACAUUAUGGGGUUUAUUUGUAACUUGACAAAUUUAAAAUAGAGCAAUUUACCUGGGCAGACAUACAAAAGCUUAUUCUUAUGUGAUUAUUUUUUAAGCUGAUAUUAUGAAAAUAAAUAUCUAAAAAAUGUAUAAUAAAAAUAUUAGAAAUUAAAGAUGUGUGCUUUUUAUUCUGUAGGUGGUUUUUUUGUUGUUUUGUUUUGUUUUUGUUUUUGUUUUUGUUUUUUUGUAGAUGGGUUGCUUUUCAGAAGUGAAGUCUAGGAGAAUGUUUGCUGCCUUCAUCCAUGAUAAAAGAAACAAUUGAAUAGUCAAAA